CUCUAUAUGCUGCCAGUGCGUGGCAGUCCAAAGUGGGCGGGGAUUUCAGCUCGGACCGGAAGAGAAGCGGCGACAACCCGAAACAGAGCUAACAGACGAUGGCUGCAAUCAGGAAGAAGCUGGUGAUAGUGGGAGACGGAGCGUGUGGGAAGACCUGCCUGCUGAUCGUCUUCAGUAAAGACCAGUUCCCAGAGGUCUAUGUGCCCACUGUGUUCGAGAACUAUGUGGCUGACAUCGAGGUCGACGGCAAACAGGUGGAGUUAGCGUUAUGGGACACAGCAGGACAGGAGGACUAUGACAGACUGAGACCUCUCUCCUACCCCGACACUGACGUUAUACUCAUGUGCUUCUCUGUAGACAGCCCAGAUAGUUUAGAGAACAUUCCAGAGAAGUGGACUCCAGAGGUGAAACACUUCUGUCCUAAUGUUCCCAUCAUCCUCGUGGGCAACAAGAAGGACCUGAGGAACGACGAACACACACGCAGGGAGCUGGCCAAGAUGAAACAGGAGCCAGUGAAGUCGGAGGAGGGCAGAGACAUGGCUAACCGGAUCGGUGCCUACGGCUGUCAGGAGUGCUCAGCUAAGACCAAGGACGGAGUCAGGGAGGUGUUUGAGAUGGCCACCAGGGCGGCGCUACAGGCCAAGAGACGUGGAAAGAAGAACGCCUGCAUGCUGUUGUAGGCCCCAGGGAGAUGUUGCCCCUGGAUACUGAUCUUGGACCAGUUUUACCCUCCCAAAAUAUAGUUGUAAUCAUUAAAGGGAUAUUGUCACAUUUUGGCAAUGACUGAAAGUCUGACAGGGUUCCCCAACCGGUGCCCCGAUUUUAUUUACCCACUCGCCCAAGUUUUCUGAGCAAAAAAUAAAUACAAGUUUACGUUAUUUUAUUGUUGGACAUAAAGACUGAAAAAACCCCUGCAAAUCAGUUCCAAGUGAUUUUGAUUUUGUAAAUCUGUACCAAAGUGUUCUCUCUCAUAAUAGAGAGAUAUAUGUGAUUGUAUACCAAAUCUAAGCCAGGUUUGAAAUGAUUGUUUUAGUCAGUGUAUAUAUAUUUGUUUGGGCUUCUUGCGGUCAAUUUGCAGUCUACAAAUGAUUUAUAAUUAUGUUCCUUACCAUUGGCUCAAGAAAAAAAUCUUUCUGUGGCUGAAUCUCUAGGUGAUGCUGGCGUUAGCGCCAUCAGCUAACUGAUACCAUAGACUUCCAGUCAUUACGCUAACACUAGUUUAUCAAAGGCUCACAAAACUUCAACUUCCUUUAAACUACACUCAGAGACACAUUUGUAUCCAUGAGUUUAUCUGACUCUGGGUCAGUAGUUAAAGGGCUUAAUUGCCAAAAUGGUGCACCAUCCCUUUUUUCAGGGGUAGGUUUAAAACUGGUCUCAGAUCUGUGCCUGUGGGUAACGCCCCUUUUGAGGGGUAGGCUUAAAAUUGGUCUCAGAUCUGUGCCUGUGGGUAACGUACCUUUUGAGGGGUAGGCUUAAAACUGGUCUCAGAUCUGUGCCUGUGGGUAACGUACCUUAUCGGCACCCUAUUCCCUAUAUGGUGUGCUAUAUAGGGUUCCAUUUGGGACUGGGGAGGUGAGGGGAUAGAAAAGGUUAAAUGCCCUCGAUCUGAAAAAAUUGCGUAGGUAUCAAAAAGGAAAUGAAAUCAAACUUUAUUCGUCAUAUCCACAGGAUACAGAAGCGAUUCUAUAUGGAACUACUGGGUGAAAGUAGGUCAUGUUCAUUAGUCACCGAACGGAACAAAACGGACUGAAACCGGGAGGGAUCUACCUGAACUUUUACAAUAAGAAACGCUUUUCUUUUAUUUUUUGUCAAUCUUCUACUGCAGUACAUUUUGUUACGGUGUUUAUUAAUGAAUACAACCCUGAUGGGCGAGGUGGAAAUGUGGCUAUGUUUUUACAUGUAUCCAAUCCUGUCGGAACUACACUAAUGCCUUAGGGUGAAGGAGCCAAGGGGGCUGGGAAAGAUACUGUGGACAGUGUUGUUUUGAUGAGGAGCUGUGCCAUGAGGCCUAGAGGAGGAAUUGAGAAAGUAACGUCGACUGUGGCUUCCUCUCCUGGUCAACCCAGCUGGCCUUAAUUUAAAGUUUCUCCUGUCCACUGCCUUUAUGUCACGAUAGACAGGAAGCUGUUAAUUUCACCUGUCCACUACCUUCAGGUAACUAUAGACAGGAAGCUGUUAGUUUCAUCUGUCCUCUGCCUUCAGGUAACUAUAGACAGGAAGCUGUUAGUUUCACCUGUCCACUACCUUCAGGUAACUAUAGACAGGAAGCUGUUAGUUUCACCUGUCCUCUGCCUUCAGGUAACGACAGGAAGCUGUUAAUUUCACCUGUCCACUACCUUCAGGUAACUAUAGACAGGAAGCUGUUAGUUUCACCUGUCCUCUGCCUUCAGGUAACGACAGGAAGCUGUUAAUUUUCACCUGUCCACUACCUUCAGGUAACUAUAGACAGGAAGCUGUUAAUUUCACCUGUCCUCUGCCUUCAGGUAACUAUAGACAGGAAGCUGUUAGUUUCACCUGUCCUCUGCCUUCAGGUAACUAUAGACAGGAAGCUGCUGUCCUGUCCACUGCCUUCAGGUUACUAUAUAGAGGAAGCUGCUGUCCUGUCCACUGCCUUCAAGUUACUAUAUAGAGGAAGCUGCUGUCCUGUCCACUACCUUCAUGUUACUAUAUAGAGGAAGCUGCUGUCCUGUCCACUGCCUUCAGGUUACUAUAUAGAGGAAGCUGCUGUCCUGUCCACUACCUUCAGGUUACUAUAUAGAGGAAGCUAAGAGAGAGACUCUUGUUUAACCCUUUAGUUGCGUCCCCUCAGCCCUACUUUAUUAAGAAUUAAAUGUUUAUGGGCUUCUUCUGGUCCAUGCUCUAACUCAGGCCCUACAGUCCGCAGGUGUGUGUGAGCUGUGUGUAAGACAGGUGUGUGUGAGCUGUGUGUGAGACAGGUGUGUGUGAGACGUGUGUGUGUUUCUCCUGGCAAGCCGAAGUUCAGUAUCCGAGUCUCCGCCCCUUUCGUCAGUGAUUGGUCAACAGUAGGGAUUCUCCAAUAAGUGUUUGUCAUUCAACGACAGACUAAUCAUUUUCAUUGAGAAAUAAGGCAACAAACAUCUUCGUUGGAUGUAAAACCGUUCGUCUAGCAUCUCCUUGACAAAAACGUACAUUUUGGGACAGAUUUCUUGAGUUAUCUUUAGAUUGUUUCUGAUUAUUUUGAGGAAGUGUAUAUUGGCUACGGCGUCUCAAGUUGGACAAACAGUACCAUCGCUACUUUUUUUCUUGUUUUUCAAGAGAAGGUCUUUUAAGGGAGCAUGAGAGUACCCUCGUUUGGGUCAGCCGAAUCCAAGCAUGCGGAAGGAGUAACACAGGUGUGUGUGUGUGUUGUGAGCGUGUAACACAGGUGUGUGUUGUGAGCGUGUAAGACAGGUGUUUGUUCGAGCUGUGUGUAAGACAGGUUUGUGUGUGUGCGCGCGUUUGUCUAUAUCCAGUUUCCAUGUGUCCAAUACAUGUAUUGUAAGACUGGUUGAGACUGGUUGAGACUGGUUGUUAUCGUCAGUAAUGUUGAGACUGGUUGUUAUCGUCAGUAAUGUUGAGACUGGUUGUUAUCGUCAGUAAUGUUGAGACUGGUUGAGACUGGUUGUUAUCGUCAGUAAUGUUGAGACUGGUUGAGACUGGUUGUUAUCGUCAGUACUGUUGAGACUGGUUGAGACUGGUUGUGUUGUCAGUACUAUAAGCAUGUUGGGACUGGUUGAGACUGGUAGGGACUGGUUGGGACUGGUAGGGACUGGUUGAGACUGGUAGGGACUGGUUGGGACUGGUUGAGACUGGUUGGGACUGGUUGGGACUGGUUGGGGAGAUAAUCACCUGCUUCCAACCAAAUGGAUUUGGAAUACUUUAGUCCAGGACAUUUUCUGACUUUGACGUGACUUUUGUUUUCUUGGUCCUGUGCAGUUGUUAAUCAAACUAAUAUACGUGUGAACGCACAGUUUUUUUUUUUCAAUGUCAACUUAUUUUUUUAGAAGAAAUUGUGAAUUAUUUUAUGUGUGCCAAUAUAUAAGAACGUAACUGUAGUUCUCGGAUCUCUGUGGUCAUUAGACCCAACAGCUGUUCAGAAUGAAACAAAGAUCUACAAACAAUUUUAUAUUUUAGCAUUUUAAUAUACGUAGAUGAAGAUUUCAUUUUCAUGUUUUAGUCUCUUUUUUUUUUUGUGUGUGGAGGGGGGGUGAUGAAGAGAGUGAGAUGAGGAGAGAGGACUUUUGAGAGAUUGAUACUUGAUCUACAGAGAUGACAGUAGAAGUAAUCAAUAGUCUACAGUGGGUUUAUUUAAAAGCGAUUUGAUAUUUAGAGAGAAUUUCCCCAGACACAGAUUAAUCCUAGUCCUGGACUAAACCGCUAUUUCAAUGGAGAUUUUCCAUUAAGCAGAUUUUUUUAGUACUAAACUAAGCCUAACUUUGAUCUGUGUCUGGGAAACCUGCCAUUUUAAAGUUGAUUUCCAUUUCCUAUUUACUCCGUUACUGUUAAUAUAUUAUGUUAUUAUUAUCCAUGUUCCCUAUAAACUGCGUGGGCGCACGGCUCCCCGGGACUUCAGCCCCGCGCAGAGAUGUACGAGAUUAAACGGUCUAGUUUUCCCUGUUAGUUAA